AUGUCACGAGCUGCAACCGGAGCAAGGAAGAUGAAUGACACCGCCGUCAGUGUCGGCGUCUCGGAUCAGGUCGUCCACCACCCAUCGCAAAAGCAGCUCCGAGAGCUGCUGCAGAUGCUCAUGGGUACCCCGGCCGGCGUUGUGCAACAGGUGGGGCACUUGUUGAUGCUCUUCGUGGCGGUUAUCAAGGCCGACUCGCCCGCCACCGACGCCGGCGACGGCAGCGGCGGCAGCGGAACCGGCUGCGGCAACUGCGGGAGUCAGCCCCAGGUUGCUCGCAGUGCUGCUGCCCGGCUUCGCGACACCACGGCCGAAGAACGGAAGGAAGCCAUUGUCCUCCUUCAAACCGCGCACAAGGAGUUGAAGAAGGACAAGACCAGGGGUGCGGGGAAGGCCGGCAAGGGCGGGAUUUGCUUGUCGACCAGAAGCGGCCCUAGCGACGAAGCCAAGGCGAAAGGACUUCAGAGGUGGGCCGCCAAAGGCAAACGGCACAUUGGACAGCUGCAGCAGCUUCUCCUUGGGUCUGGCGUGGCAGUGAAAGGUCGACAGGACCACGCCCGCCUGCUCAACUUCCACGCGAAGCGUAUCUCCAGCGAGGAGGCCAAGAAGGGAUCAUCGGCCGCGGCAAUCGCCUUCGAGAUGAUGACUUCCACCAUCAACAGCGUCCUCAACACAUGCGGCGAAGCAAAGUCCGCCGAUACGGUAGCGGCAGGGCAGAUUUCCUCGGGCGGAUCGGACGACGACGUUGGCGACGACAAUCCUUUGGCUAGGAAGCGGUCGAACGGCUUCUGGGAACGAAACGUGCGGGGCGCGGAAAAUGUGAUCUCCGCCCCAAGUCCCCCGUCGGCGUGCGCCGACGAUGUGAUGGACGACGACUCUGAGGCGACACCAACUGAGACGAUGAUGGAAAGGCCCCCACGGGAUGAUGCAGGAUCCAGCCAAGAGACUUCGACAGGAAGUGUUACGGGACGACAGAUGAUCACCCUCGACGGGCACAUGCCCACCGGCAUCGGAGGUGCUACCGCAACCGUGCCGGAGGCAGCCCGCGCGAUGGCCGCCCAGGGAGCAGGGAUCACCAAAGACAACCGGAUGGCGCGAGAACUCAAGUCCCUCAGGAUCCUUGGUUCCCUCCACUACACCAUCGAGCUGGCCGGUCCCCACGACGGCAGCGACAUCCUCACCCUGGCCUUCGCGAACGCCGAUCUCGACCUGCACGAGAUGCUGGCCGAUCCGCACCUUCACGAAGGCAUGUCCAACCUAGACAUGAUGAGGCUCUUUGGAGGUAUGGUGAACGGGGUCUUGAGAAUCCACGACCAAGGCUUCGCUCACGGCAACAUCGACCCGAAAUGCGUGCGGGUCGUCUCCGGCAAAAACGCGAGAUGGUUGAUCCGUGACUCCGACAGUGCCGGAGGCAACAUUCCUGAGAAGGAUAGGGCCUCGGUGGACACGAAGAGGGAUCACCGCGCUGCGUGGGCCCAGCCGACCCUCACGCCGAACAACGUCGCCCUGCUGCGGGAAUCCCCUCAUCAUACUCGCGCGAACAGCGACAGCGACACGGACGACGGCAUCGCCGACGGCAACAGCGAUGCCAAGGGCGACAGCAACACCGAUGGCGAUGGCAGUGAGGAGGAGGAGGGCGACGGCGGCGAUGGUGGUCACAGCGACUCCGACUCCGACUCCGACUCUGUCUCCGGGUCCGACUCCGGCAGCGACUCCAACUCCGACCGCGACUCCGGCCGCGACUCCGACCGCGACAGCGACUCCGGCUCCAACGACGACGACGACGACGAACCUCCACCGCCUUUGGUGAGCGACUCGGAGGAUGAGUACUUUGACAAAGUGCGCGCACGUGGUCGACUUGCUAGUGGUGUCGUCAGCAUCUUCGACUCCGACUAUGACUCCACCUCUGUGUCCUGCUCCGACUGCGACCGCGACUCCGGCAGCGACUCCGACCGCGACAGCGACUCCGACUCCGACCGCGACUCCGACUGUGGCUCCAACGACGACGAUGAUGAUGAACCUCCUCCGCCUUUGGUGAGCCACCCUGAGGAUGCGUACUAUGACCAAGUGUGCGCACGUGGUGGCCUUGCUGUUGGCGGCGAUUUCAACAACGGCCGCUCCGACAAGCUGGUGGACGCCCACCUCUGCCUCGAAGAGAGGGCGUACCCCAGAUGCAGGGAGGGUUACGAGAGCAUCCCCGAGGGCAAGGUCAGGUGGGCCCUGUCAGUCAUCAGAGAGAUCACCGACAGGAUCAAUGCGCCGACGCCCAUCGUCGCGCUUGCGGCCAUCACUCUCGGGGUGACCGCCGGGAUACCGGGAUUCCUGAGCAGGGGGAGCGACAAAGACCUGUGCCUUCUGCCCGCGGCGUGUGUAUCACACGCAAUCAGUCGGCUGGACAAGCUUGGCGAGAGCUCCGUCGACUUCUAUGGGAUCAUGGACCAGAUGCUGGCGAUCACGAAAGCCGCUUCGGAGGGCAGGGGCAAGAACGGCGGUCCAGUGUUUGGCCAGCCAGGCGCAGGCGACCCCAAGACGAUCUUGCUGGCACUCUUCUAUUAUCUGAUGCUCACCCUGCCGGAGGAGCUCACCUGCCCCGGUCCGAUGGACUAUAUGGAGGUUUUCGCCGAACAGUCCGGCCUUGACCACACCCUCACCGGGCAAGAGCUUGGAUGCGUUUACGACGAAUACGACAGAUUUGUGCGCGCCGUCGCCUCGAACGGCCUGCUCCGCACGCUGUCACCUUCGGAUAUAGCGCGUGGCGCCUUCUUCGGAGCAGCGGGCGUGUCCAUCGUGUUCAGCGAGCAAGGGGCAUCGGCGGAGGGAGGGGACUCGGUGGCCAAGGAGGAAGGGUCUGACGAUGGCGGCGGCGGCAACGGCAGCGGUGGGGACGGUGACGACCACGACCACGACCGUGGUCCAUAG